CGAUUUCUAGUAUAUAAUUUCUCGCUCACCGAAGCCUAAUACUAUUCUGUAUCAUACGCCUUUUCCCGUGUGAUCAUUUUCUCUGCCUUUUGCUUCUGCGUUACGUGUCCACGUACACCCCAUAGCACGAGGACGGUUGCACUGCCCGAUCACCCCGUACCCUCGAGGGUCCCCUAUAAAUCCCCUCCCGCCUCGCCAUGACGACGGACUCCCUUGCCAGCAGCAGCGGACCGCUCCUCGACUCGUUGUCCGACCCCGGCACCGACGCUUCCCUUCGUCGCAGUGAUCGACCUUCGAAACACAACCGCGGCCCACGAUCCUCCCGUCGCAGAUCCCGCACCGACCGCUCGCGCAAGCCCAGCAUCCCGCCCGAGGGCUGGGCCCCCGAUGAGCACGACGGCCGGCGGCUUGCCGCCGACCCGAGCAUCGUGCUGCCCGGCGAACGCACGCCGCGCCUUAAGCGGCAGGAGGCCUUCCGCGCUCCCAAGACGCACGAGUCCUACUACGCGGCCCGCUACCUCGCCUUCCCCUGCGCCUACGCCCUUCCCGCCUCCGACCUAGAUUGCGCCAUCGCCGUCGACGACGACGAGUUGUACCGCCUCGGCCUCCUCUACGAGGACGACGGCGUCCGCGGCGCCGGCUUCAGCCUCGACUUGAUAUCUCACACCGAGCCGUACUUGGUGCGCCCGGCGAGGCGUGCGGCGAGGAGGCAGCAGCGCCGGCCACGGGGCGCGCAGCGACGCACGCAAGGCGAGGCAGACCGUGACUUUUCGCAGUUGCGCCUGUACCUCUCGGCCGCCGUGCAGGGCCCCGGCGGUGCGCAGCCCUUGGCCACCAUCCCCGAGCUACCGGAGUGGGAUGGGGCCGAUGUGCCCGGCCUCGUGUCCGACUCGGAGAAGGGGGGCGACGUGUGGGAGGAGGACUACGACUGGGCCUUUGACAUGGCGCUGUCGGGGGACGCCGACGUGCUGAGCCUCCCCGACACGGAAAACGACCUCGACGUCGAUUUCGUAGACGUGACGUCCGGCGGCACCGGAGAAGAAGCCUGGAUCGGGUUGGGCGACGGCUCGUAGCAGAUCCGCUGAGGGGGUCCCCGACUGCCCUUCGGACCCCGACAGAACACAGAGCACGGCGCGGCACUGGGUGGCUGCCUGUGCCUCGGAUUGGCACUCAUUAUGCUCAACCCUGACCCGGGCUUCGGUGCGGAACGGUGCGGGACGACUGUGUGCUCGUGAUCGCGAGGCUGCUUGAGCUCGUCAUACCGUGCCGCGUUCGGAUGUAUCGAUGCGUGUACGCUUUCGUUGUCGAGGCGAUCUGCCUUGCGGAGGGACGUUGUAUAACAAGGGGGCUUUCCGAUAGCAUUAUUGGCAUUGUUUGGAGUAUAGGGUAGCACAUCGACAUCCUUAGCUCGGAGUCUGGGGCGGUUUUUCACAAGUUUUUUUUUUUCUAUAUUACUCUC